AUGGAAUCGACGAGUUCACUUUCGGAUCUACACAAAUAUGCUGAAAGGCGUUUUGGCCGAUCGCUGUUAAUACCCGUAGACGAGGAGUUUGUUAAGGCAGUUCAUCCACCAGUUCCCUCAGAAGCAAGUGAAGUCGCACCCGCUGUUGAUUUCGUGGAGGCGUACAGAAAUUUAGUGUCGCGUAAUCUCCAACGAAAGCGAACUGCGAAUAACGCUCCGACUUCGCCUGCUUCAUCAGGUGUUCCCAAAUUUAUUUAUGCACACGCGGCUGAAGCUGUCGUCGGCACUCGUGUGGGUGAAUUCAUGGGGCCGUUGUGUUCACCCUUGCGAAAGUCUCACGCGAGUAUGCUGCGGUCUGCACCAUAUUUUGUUACAGAGAAAAGCGAUGGCACGCGAGUUGUACUCGUUUCGCUGAUUGCCCCUUUAGGCCCCUCUUGGAGUAUUGAAGACAAGAAUGGCGGUGAUGUCCUUCUCAAACACGUAGGGCGGUUGGAUGAUGUCGUGGCUUUGGAGGAAGCUAGGCAACAAUUGUGCCAAGAAAACACCGCACAAGUGGGUGACCUACACCAGAAAAUCCACCUUUCUUUCGGUCACUUCGCUGUGGAACGAUGGCAUGAGAAGUCAUCUUAUGGCACCGUUGAGUUGUUUGCUCUGAGGUGUUGUGAAAAUGGUUCAUCGUCGUCACAAGGAGGUGGUGACGUCAUUAGAGCUGAGCGGCUCAUUGGGAAGCGCCAUAUGGCAUACUGCUUUGACAGAUCUAUGGACUACGCUUAUCUUUUGCUGGAGGAGCACGCCGUCCCCUCACUCCAUUCCUUUGUGGUUGAUGCAGAGCUGAUGGUCCCCAUACAAAAGGGGUCUGCGAGGUUGCUUCUUGGAUGUUUUGAUGUAUUUCGGUAUGUCAUAGUAGGUGAAAGUGCCCCACGUGAUGUGGUGCUGACACGAGCCCACACAUCAGCGCGGCAUGCAGCACUCAGGAAGGACAUUAUUGAACCCAUGGAAGAGUUCCAGCGGGGGACAGUUGGGGUACCGCUACUGCGCAUCUUCGCGAAGGAAAUGUUUCCCUUGAAUAAAUUCGGCGACUGUGUUCUGCGACUUCGAUGCGGAGAGAGCGCCAACCACAUAGGUGGCGUGGUCUAUCUCUACGAUGGCCCUUACGGGUGGACGAAGAGUGAUGGUUUUAUUUUCACUCCAGAGAAGUUCGAUAUCUUACAGGGUGCCAGCAAGACGCAGCUCAAGUGGAAGUGGCCCUCCAUGCUUUCCGUCGACUGGAGCCUAACAGCGUUCGAAGGACAAAAUAACUUCUUCGUGGUUGACUCCUUCUUCCGCAAGAAAAGGUUCGGACACCAACCUGACAGCUGUGGUCAUGUGCGUCUUUCUUCCAAAAUGAGUCUACUCAACCCGUUUUCCCUGCCCAUUCCCACCAGAGGCUCUGUAGUGGCAGAGUGCGUAUUUGACCGGGAGCAGAAGUGUUGGUCUAUUGAACGCCUGCGCAAUGACAAAGCCGAAGCCAACUCUAUUGUAACCAUUAUUUCGGUGAUGGAAAGCCUAGUGGAGGACAUAACUCUUAGCACCCUUUUCGACCUCAUUGGGCUUAACGAUACGCCACUUCCGUCUGAGAAGGUGCAUGAAUUGGAGAGCGCAGCCGAUAUGGUUAAUCGCGGCGGCGAAAGGGGUAAUACGGCUGCGAUUCAAGAUGUCGAGGAAAAGCAUGAAAAAAAGAGGUGCCAGUUUACGCUCCGUGCCACACAACUGCAGGCGCAGGGUGAGCAUGAAAUUCACCUUUACUGGGCCGUACGCUUACCGUCGGAGAAGGCGCAUGUGCCGUGCAUCCACUGCAAGGUCAGUGAGUGCACAGGCUUUGGUUUUGCUUGCCCUGCAGAGGAUCCUACAUCACGGCUGAGGGAAUACCUAUAUAUAGCGCUUGCCAAUGCCGGUGGUAGCUGUGCGUGGUCCGACUUCACAGUGGAGGCAGUAUUUAACGGCGGGACGGGGCGGUGGAAUAUUGCAUCAAUGCAACCUAAUGGGGACAACAAGAGGUCGACAUGUGUGGGUGUCAUUCACCAUUUGCAGUGGCUUCUUCAGCGAGGGGUCGACAGCGCUUCGCCAGAGUCAACUGAGACUCCUGAAAGAGUCAUACCACUGCACCUACAGGGAGUAGAGCGACCUGCAGUUUUACAAGUGGAGCAAGUAAAUGCACAUUACGCUUGCAAAACGAAGGAACUAUCAACGGGAAAGAAUCGUAGCAUUCUACGGCAUUACAACAACUGGAUAAAAGGCGUACUGAUUAGCACCUCUGUUUCUUACCUGAGGUCGAAUAAUAAGGGCGGUGAGUUUGACAACGAUGGUAUGGUGGUGGCUGACCUGUGUUCGGGUCGCGGUGGGGACCUUCACAAGUGGAGGGCUCACCAACCGAAGCUGCUGUUCAUGACGGACUGUUGCUUGGAGGCGGUGGCGGAGGCUGCUGCACGCUACUCCAUUACCAAGGGAUUAAGUAUAAAGGUUGUUCCUCACGACAAGAACCCUCCUGGGAUACGGGCCCAAUUCUGUGUGUUGGAUGUGUUCGAUGAGAAGGGUUCUUUGGUCACCAAGCUUGAGGAGUUCCUGAAACAGUGCCAUGAUGGCGGGAAGUUGGAUGUUGUAUCGUGCCAGUUUUCCAUUCACUACGGUUGUAGCAACGAGGAAAGAGUUCGAGUGUUCCUUUCAGCCGUUUCUUCCACUUUGAAGAGUGGUGGCAUAUUCAUUGGAACUACGGUAAGUGACACUGAACUACUACGUCGUCUGCGACAGUAUGGGACAACAUUCGGUAACGGAAUCUACACCGUGCGAUUUCCCACGGAUGCGGUUCCUAAUGACUCAUUUGGAGUGGAAUAUUCGGUGUCGUUUGAGAGUAGCGUGAGUGAGAUGCCCGAAUACCUGGUGCCGUGGAACCGCUUUGUCAACCUCUGUGGGGCAUAUAACCUUCAGCUCGUGGAAUCUUUUGGGUUUGUGGAGUACGGCGACAUGCACUAUAACUCAGCAUUGGGACAGGAACUUCGGGAUGCAUCGAUGAACGGGGGAAGACGCGAUAGUGAUGGCCACUUGCGGCUGCGGUUAUCACCAGACGAGGCUGAGGCAGCAGGACUCUUCAGAACCUUCUUGUUCGUCAAGAUUUGA